CCAUUCAUAGCACGGCCGCUCUCUCCGCUCCUCUCCAUUUAAAUUCCAGCCCCGGCAACUCUCCGACAGCUAUGCAGCCUUGUCUGCCUAAGCUUUCAUCGUUCCACGAGGUUUUCCAAUGUUAUCAAGCCCACGGCUUUUCUGAAUCAAAGUUGCUGUGUUUUUCGCUGCUGAGCAUCAUCAACACCAGCGAGUUCUAUUGGCAGGUCAGGAACUCGAGUCCAUUUUGGCCAAACCUAGCCCAUUCCAGGCAAUCAAAUGUUAGCUGCACGGCCCUCAAAAUGCUCAGAUUGGCCGCUCCAGCUCCCCAGCUUGAAAAUUCUUUAGUCGAUUCCCAUCACGGAGCGCAUCACAUACCUGAGCCUCGCGAUGAAGAGGUUGACUGCGCCUGGGGGGCCGUGGACGGAUGCCGGGAAGCGAGACUACCAGCUAGACUGGCGCUCUCGGCCCACCUCAAUUCUUUUCCCUCUAUCGCUCACGGCAAUACAAACAGGCUUACCCUCUUCUCUGUUGGCACUAACGCUCUGACCGCCGGCAUCGCUUCUUGUCCUUCCCCCAGCGGCUUCAUGGCCUGUCAUAAGCACACGCAGUCGGAAGCAUACUGCAUCAUCUCGGCUUAUGACUUUGUCUCUAUCAAAGGGGAAAGACAUGUUGUUAGACCGGGUUCGACGGCGUUUGUACAGUACUAUGUCAUAAGUCUGGGCACACAGAUUUAUCACUGCUGGGCACCAAUCUUGCCCAUCCGACACCACUGUGAGGAGCGGCGCAGCUAGUAACCAGCCAGUCAGCCAAGAGGUCGUCUCAUUUACAUUAUUUGAAACUUGACGUCGUGGCUAGGUUUUAAAAGACCAUGGGGGUACCCCAAGCAGUGGUGAACGCGUGUGCAUAGACUUAUGGCCUGUUACUGUACAUUGGGACUCAGAGCAUGGGGUAUUCAACGAGGGAGCCGAAGGGCUGAAGUGGUCUCUUGGGUUUGCGGUGGAUGGGAUGGAAGACGUGGUAUUGAGGUUUCCUGGAGAGGACGGCCAUGAGUUGAUCGGCUUGGCUUGGAGACGGUGUAAGGUUGCGGGGGAAACAAAGUCGCCUCGAAAUCUUUCCAGAUCCGAUGGAUUUACGGUUGACUGAUCGUUGGCGGGGUAGAUAAUUCAUUUCACCCAUGGUUCAACCUC